UUGGACCUUUUCUCUUCUUCUUCAAACAACUUAAUAUUAGUCUUUUUAAUUUCUAGUACUACAACUUCAUGCAUGAACUUUUAGUCUAGGAAAAAAUAAUUAAUUCUCCUUUUUUUUUUAUAAUUUUAUCUAAGUUUUUUUUAUUAUUUUGAUAUAUGGCUUCUUCAAUGAACAAUUGGCUUGGAUUUUCACUUUCACCACAUGAAGAAGUACUCACAUCACAACAAAGUUCACAUCAAGAAUGUUUUGAUCUAAUGACUUCUCAUCAUCAACAUCAUGAUCAAUCAACAGUAGUACUUCCUUCUUUAAAUGUUGUACCUCAUGAUAAUACCCCUUUUGGUAUUUUUGAAGCUUUCAAUAGAAAUCAUCAUCAAUCACAAGAUUGGAACUCUCAUGAUACAAACUACAAGACUACAUCAAAUAUGUCUAUGUUAAUGGGAAAUUCAUGCAAUAGUCAACAUCUUGAAAAUAAUCAAGAACCACCAAAGCUAGAGAACUUUCUUGAUAUUGGUGAACAAAAGCUUCAACAAGUCUGUAAUAACAAUAACAAUAAUAACGACUACAAUAUCUAUUGUAGUACCCCUAAUAAUAUUAGCGAAAAUAACGCUAAUAAUAUUAUAGGGCUUUCAAUGAUCAAGAAUUGGUUGAGAAACAACCCUAACUCCACUACCACCACCACUACUACCCCGUCAUUAUUACAAGAUGAUAAGAAGGAGGGCGAUGUUGUGGGGGUAGCCGGUGGUGGUAGUAGUGGUACUAAUGCACAAUCGUUGUCACUUUCUAUGAGCACGGGUGGAGAUGGAGGUGGAGAGAAUAGUUGUUCGUCCGAAAACAAACAAGAGAUUGUGAAUGGAAAUAAUGGUAGUACUAUUGAUGGACAAAUAAGUGGUGCAAUUGUAGCACCAAAGAAAUCUAUUGAUACUUUUGGCCAAAGAACUUCUAUCUAUCGCGGUGUUACAAGGCAUAGGUGGACUGGGAGAUAUGAGGCACAUUUGUGGGAUAAUAGUUGUAGAAGAGAGGGACAAACUAGAAAAGGAAGGCAAGUUUAUUUGGGAGGAUAUGAUAAAGAAGAAAAAGCAGCUCGUGCUUAUGAUUUAGCUGCACUUAAGUAUUGGGGUCCCACAACUACCACUAAUUUCCCAAUUAGCAACUAUGAGAAAGAGCUUGAAGAAAUGAAGAAUAUGACUAGGCAGGAAUAUGUUGCAUCUUUAAGAAGGAAGAGCAGUGGUUUCUCUCGUGGUGCAUCGAUUUAUCGAGGCGUUACAAGGCACCAUCAGCAUGGAAGAUGGCAAGCAAGAAUUGGUAGAGUUGCUGGAAACAAGGAUCUUUAUCUUGGCACCUUUAGUACACAAGAAGAAGCUGCUGGGGCUUAUGACAUUGCAGCAAUCAAAUUCCGUGGACUAAAUGCCGUGACCAAUUUUGAAAUUAAUCGAUACGACGUUAAAAGCAUACUAGAAAGCAGCACGUUGCCCAUCGGAGGGGCUGCCAAACGUCUCAAGGACGUUGAGCAAGCUGAAAUCGCGUUAAAUUAUCAAAGAGCAAGUCAAGAAAAUAUCGGGACUACUCAUCUCAUGAAUGGUUCAAUGAGUACCUAUGGCGCGGGCCAUUGUUGGCCUAACAUCACUCUUCAACAAGCUCAACCUUUAAGUGCGAUGCAUUAUAAUAACCCUUAUAAUAGUCAACAAAGGUUGUGGUGCAAGCAGGAAGUACAAGAUCAUGAUUUGACUAGUCAAAAUUUUCAAGAUUUUCAAUUGGGAAACGCGCACAAUUAUCUAAUGGGAUUGGAUAAUUCUUCUUCAUCGUCAAUGGAACAAAAUAAUGUUACGUAUCAUCAAGGUGUUGGAUAUGCAAGUAAUAAUAAUAAUCAUCAUGGUGGUGGUGGAUUUGUGUUGCCACAAUUGAAUGGAUCAUCAUAUGGUGGAGAGAAUGAUAAUGAAGUGAAGCAAUUACAACUUGGUACUCAUGAGAACAUAUUUGGUAAUUACUAUCAUUCACAACCAACAACAUCUAACGACUCUGUCAAGGUCAGUAAUACUCUAUAUGAUCAUCAAGAAUCUGCAUGCAACAAUAAUAAUUGGAUGUCAACUGAUGUUCCUAUGGCUCUUGCUUCGAGGACUAGCACCAUGGCGGUUUGCCACAGUGCGGCCCCCACUUUCACUAUGUGGAAUGACUCAUAGACCUCUCAUGAUCAUCACAAAUCUUAGCUAGUAAGGGAUCUAUACAUAACUAAUCUCUAAUCUUUUUUCUUUUUUUUUGGAAAAUCAACUUUAGAAAGAGGGUUUUAUUUUUUUGGUUUUUUUUUAAAAAAAAUUUGGUUGGUAUAAUGAAAAUGGUAAUUUUGUUUAUAGGAUUUGAAGAAUGAAGUUCAUGUAUAGUCUAUGUUAUUGGCUAUAAUUUUGGGAACUUCAUUCUUAUAGAUCCUCGGAAAGUAAAUGCUUUGUAAUUUUGGAUAAUAUAGUACAAUGCAGAUAAUUAAUUUAUGGCAAUUUUCUAACUGUUGUGUAUG